AUGGAAGCUCUGCAGAUGCAAGCAGCCUGCCACCUCGCCAAGCUGCUCUUGGAGUGCUUGAUCCUGUGCACAGACGGAAAGCUUCAGUCAAUGAGCCGUCUCGCACGGACCUGCCGACGGUUCUACGGCAUGCUGUCGGAGGAGCUCGACAGGCAAGCGCGCAAACGCGCAGGAGAGACGACACGCGUCAUUUGCAUGGGGGCAGGUCUCGAUCCGUAUGCCAUUACCCUGACUUCAGAGUCUAAGAAGGCUCGCGCCACUUACUACGCACAACCAUUCUACGACGCGGUGCGGCUCGGCGACUAUGCCUCGGUGCGGGCCUUUCUCAAGGCAGGCGCCAGUGCAGACUUCUCGCUGGGAUCCAAGGGCGGCCCGAUGCUGUAUGUGGCCAGCCUGUACGGCCAUCUGGACAUGGUCCGGCUGCUGCUGGAACACGGUGCGAGCCCCAACGUUGACUUCCGGUUGACUAACAGCACUCCAUGCCUCGCGUACCGGCAAUGGUACCCCGCUAAGAUGUAUUACCAUGAGCUGGAGAAACACCGUCAUCCGUACAGCGAUUGGUCGCCUCGUGAACCCAGGCGCGGAUGGAUCUUCGAGAACAAUCUGCUGUGCCAGGCCAUCCGCCACGGAGACCCGAAUGUGGUCCACCUCCUGCUUGAGUACGGAGCGAACCCGAAUGCCGUGGAGUAUCGGGGGUACCGCGAUGCGGGUCCUGCAGAGAUGCAGCCAUGGCACAAGGACAAGCUAGAUAUGCUAACCGCCGUCGACAUCACGUCGGGUUUUCUGUACCAUCCGCUGGACUUUGCGAAAGAGUGUAUCCCCGUGCUGCACCAGUGCUAUCGCAUCCAGAAGAAAUAUACUCGCAUCAUCGAGAUGCUGUUUGUGCAUGGCGCGAUGCUCUCUUCAUGGUAUGUCUUGGAUACUCUCUGUUUUCUGCCGGAUACAGACGUAAUGCGCAGAUGUUUAAGGCAGGCUAUACGCAACGGUACGGAUGUGGUGACCGUUGCCCUUGGUCCAAACCAUAAUUACACUGAGAAUCUCGCUAAUACCCUGCGCUGGGCUCCGCGGGAGAACCUGGAGCUGCUUUUCGAUCUGGUCCCAGACUUAGCGACUGCAGAGCCAAGACAACACCGGUCAUUGGACCUUCAGCCGUCCAGCAAGUGGAGCGAUGACGAUUUUGAAGACGAGUCAGCAUAUGCUCGAAAUGAACACCCAGCUGACCAACCUCUCAGCUGGCCCACACUUUUCGACCUGGUGCUUCGCACCAACCGUCAAGAGGUGGCUUUGAGCCUGAUCCGCAGAGGCUGUCGGUUAUCUCCCGAUCGGCAGCUGAAUGAAGCAGCCCGCAAGGAGUGGCUCGAGGUCGUCGAGCUGCUUCUGCCGCUCGUGGUCGAGGAAGUCUGGUGCAGUUCUCUUUUGGGGAGUGAUGUCAUAAAACUAGCCAAACAAAGGAUCGAGGCCCGUUCACCUAAAUCUAGCCAAGACGAAUGCGCAUGGGAUUGUGCCUGCGAGGGUCCCGACUGGCAAGCGGACGUUAUUUUUGAAAUCUCAGAAUCCGAAUCCGAAUAA